AUGGCGGCCUCCGUCAGGGCCGGGAGCGCGGAUCCGGUGCCCGCCGCGGGUGGGACGAAGCCCGCCCGAGGCCCUGUGCGACGAGCGGCGCAGCAGGUCCCUGAGGACAUCCUGAGUAACGUGGAGCUGCAGGAAGCAGUGGAGGCUCUGCCCCGAAACUACAACUUCGAGAUCCCCAAAACCAUCUGGAGGAUCCGGCAGGCUCAGGCCAGGAAGGUGGCCCUGCAGAUGCCAGAAGGGCUCCUCAUGUUUGCCUGCACCAUCGCUGACAUCAUUGAGCGGUUCACCAGCGCAGAGGCGAUGGUGAUGGGCGACGUGACCUACGGCGCCUGCUGCGUGGAUGACUACACGGCCCGAGCCCUGGGCGCUGACUUCUUGGUGCACUACGGACACAGCUGCCUGAUCCCCAUCGAUGCCACACGGGGGCUGAAGAUGCUCUACGUGUUCGUGGACAUCAAAAUCGACGCGUCCCAUUUCCUGGAGACCAUCCGCUUCAACUUCCCAGCAGGCACCUCCCUGGCCCUGGUCAGCACCAUCCAGUUCGUCUCCACGCUGCAGGCAGCAUCCCAGGAGCUGCGCUCCCACUACAAGGUGUGUGUGCCCCAGUGCAAACCACUAUCCCCAGGGGAGAUCCUGGGCUGCACGUCACCUCGGCUCACCCAGGACACAGAUGCCAUCGUGUAUUUGGGUGAUGGACGCUUCCACCUGGAAUCCAUCAUGAUUGCCAACCCUGGGAUCCCUGCUUACAGGUAUGAUCCCUACAGCAAAGUCUUCUCCCAGGAGCACUACGGCCACGAGCGCAUGUGCCAGGCUCGGCAGGACGCCAUCCGCACCGCCGCCGGUGCCCGCUGCUGGGGGCUCAUCUUGGGCACCCUGGGACGUCAGGGCUCCCCCAGCAUCCUGCAGCACUUGGAGUCACGUCUCCGUGCCCUGGGCCGGCCCUUUGUGCGAGUGCUGCUGUCUGAGAUCUUCCCCAGCAAGCUGCAGCUCUUCCCUGACGUGGAUGUGUGGGUGCAGGUGGCCUGUCCCCGGCUCUCCAUCGACUGGGGAGAAGCUUUCAGCAAGCCCCUGCUGACACCCUACGAGGCUGCCGUGGCUCUGCGGGAUGUGGAGUGGCAGCAGCCUUACCCCAUGGACUUCUACGCCAGCCAGUCCCUGGGGCCGUGGACGGCGAACCACAGCGGCACCCAGCGCCCACGCCACGGCCCGGCCGCACAGGGGAAGCCGCCCGCACCCGCCGCCCCGCCGGACGGGGAGGAGAAGGGGCUGAGCCCCGGCGGCCCCGCAGCCCCCUGAGCGCCGCCCCCACCCGUCCGACCGCCGCAGCGCUCCGGGGCCCGGCGUGGCUCAGGGUAAGCACCGCCGCGGAGAGGGACACGGCCCGUGCCUCGGCCGGCCCCAGGACUGUGGCGUCGGGGCAGGGCCGGGUCGCUGCGGGCUCGGCGGCCGGGACGGAGGACGGGGGUCCGGGGGGUCCCGGCGGGUCCCGUCCCGCGCAGCCCCGCCCCGUCCAAUCAGCGCCGGCAGCGGGCGCUCCGUCCCGCGCAGCCCCGCCCAAUCAGCGCCGGCAGCGGGCGCUCCGUCCCGCCCAGCCCCG